AUGCGUGAAGCCGCAUUCCAACGAACUUUGGGAUGGCCGAGUGCCGCCAGUCUGGGUGCUGCUCUGUGCAGCCACCCAUGCCAUCAACUCCCGCCAAUUCCGACCUGCUCCGCCUUGCUGCUAUUGCACUCGAAGUUUGAAAAUGGAGACGAAACCAUGGCUGCCGUUUCACGCAUAGCCUUUAGCGGAUGCAGUCGCUUGCCGACCACAACCAUUGGAAUGAAGGGGGACAUUCACGAGCUGCAGCAAUCUAAGAACUAUAAUAAUCAGCUGCUUCCGUCUUCUGCGCGACGCACAGCCAGGGGUGGUAACUUCGGUCAACCAAUUUGCGGGAGAACUUAUCGAGCCCUCUCCGUCGCCUCCGCUGCCUCAGGCUGGAACCGCGACGCUAACGAGCCCGCCGUUUGGUCAGGACCGCGCGGAGGUAAAAGCGGUAAGAACGGACGAGCGGCACGGCGAAGCGUCGCUGCCACAGCAGCUCCGCGAGACGGACGAGAAGGGGCGGCUCUGGGUGACGUGGACGGCAGGGCGUGGUUCGAGGAUGACGUGGAGUUCGUGCUCCACCUGGCAAGCGACGAGGAGCUCCGCGAGCUGUGGGAUAUUCUCUACGGCCGCAGUCUUUUCAGCCCGGUGUUUAAAUCCAUCACUGCGGGAGACGGUUCCGCGUCCGCCGCGCAGCUGUUCAGCGCGGCGUUUGGGGAGAGCAGCGAGGGGCUGGAGAGGGAGGAUCUUAUCCAACGGCUGCAGGCCCGCUUCUUCUUCCUGUCCGCUGAUGCGCGAGACACUGUGACUGGCAACCGCCCUUCGUACCGAGAUGUGCUGCUGACAGUGCGGCAGCGGCUGGGAGUGAGGUGCAGUGCGGCGCUGUCCACGCCUGACUUGGAGAGCGAGAUAUUCCUGCAUUUGCUCAACAACUAUGCGGACACCAUGGAAGAGGACAUUGGCGGCACCAGCAGCAGCAGCUCGGGAAGCCCCUGGGCUGUAGCAGGAGAAUGGGCCAUGGGACAAGAGGGUAAAGCAGCAGGGGAGAGUAGAAAAAGUACGAAAGACAGCAACUGGGACUUGGGGUUUGGGAAUGAGGAGGAGGAGGAGAGAGGGAAGGGAAGCGGGUUGGGGUCGUGGGCUGUGGGGACUCUGCGUAGCGGUGUGAGAGCUGCGAUGCGCAUGGGGCGAGAUGAGAUCCUUGCCACGUUUCUCAAGGGCGGAUCGGCGUUAACACUCACAACUGUCAAGAAGCUGCUGCUAUCGCGCAUCACUGGGCGGGUACUGUACGAGCGAGCCAAGUACGAAGUCACACAGAUGGCUCUUAAAAGGGGUGGGCAGCUCGUGCUGUCCACGAUUGAGUCCCGCCUGGCGUUCUACAGUGCGAAGCAGGGCCUGGCAGCAGCAACGGCUCGGUAUGUCAGCCUCAGAAGCGCCAUGGCUCUCCUCGGGCCUCUGCUGUGGGGUGCAUUCAUAGCAGAUGUGGUGGUGCAGUCACUAGGCACAGACUAUGCUCGUGUGGUCAGAGCCAUCUUCUCAUUCGCACAGAUCCGCCUCACAAGGACGCCGCACAUCUCCUGCCUGGCAUUCCACCCCUUGUCCUUCUCCGCCCCUCGCCUCGCUGCUGCUACCUCGACGGGCCUGCUCGCAGUCUACUCCUCCGCUGCACAGCACAUCUCCUCUGUGCAUGACCUUUCUCCAGUGCUAGAAUGCCGCGUGGGGCGGAAUGCGGUGGAGGGGAUGGCAUGGGGGUCUCACAGAACGACAGGGCAGCUCCUAUCAUCUGUGUCAGCACCAUCCUUCUCCGAUGUGGCCUUUCUCCCCGCCUACUCCUCCUGUGUCACAGCAUGCACGGCGUCCCGAGCAGCUCUGUGGGACAUCAGGGCGUCUCUCUCUUCCCCAGCCAUGCUCUUCCGUCUCCCUGACGCCAGGCGAACUCCUGCCACCGCCAUUCUCAAGUGCCUCGCACCUGACCCUGAUGCUUCUGUCAUCUAUGGUGGCUGCACUGACGGUGCCAUCUGUGCGUGGGACCUGCGCCAAGGCACCGGACACUCAGGAAACCACCAUUCUUUCCCGCGAUCAGCAUCCUCCUCAUUGCAACAGUCGCUUGCAGAACGAGAGACUUGGAAAGAAGCGGUUCAAGAGAAGGAGAAGCAAGGGCGGAUGGAAGGCGUGUUGGCAUGCAAUGGCACGGCAGAGGUGCAACAACAAGGACACUGCAGCAACAGCAGCCUGCUGCUCCCUCGCUCUUUGGUACCUCCCCAUCUCCAUCUGCAACUGCAACUGCAUCGUCUGCCUUCUGCUUUGGGCGAGAGCAUGGAGCCCUCCCGUUCCACCUCUUCUCCACCUCACAUCUCUUCGGUUCUGUGCCCUCGUUGCAGAAGCCAUCACCUCUUUUUCCAGAAGCAGCCAUCUUACCCCUUAUCCUCUUCAAUAUCCUCUUCCAUAUCCUCUGCCAUGGCCUCUCACCACGAGCAGCAGCAAGCAGGCACAACGUCCUCUGCCGUGCAGCACUUGUCCUUUGACCCUGCAUCUGCCUCCCGCCUCUCCUUCCAUCUCAACAACGGUUGGAGUGGAGUGUUGCAUGUGCCCUCGCUCUCCCUCUCCCACAUCCACUGCCCGCCUCCUCCCUGGGUGAACACACAGCCAGAAGCCGAGGAGGACGAGAGUCUAUACGACCAGCAGCACCAGCAGCACCAACCGCACCAGCAGCAGCGCAUGGCAGUGGCGCCACCGGUGGUGGAUUCAUGGACUUGGAGCCUUGCCAGCCGCCGGGUUCCCGCUUGGCUUCCGCAAUCCGUACUGUGUGUACCCUCAGCCAGGGAUUCUCACCUCUUCUUCCUUGAUCUAGGCUUGGGUUCACCUCAUGCCACCCCAACCUCGACUGAAUCUAAUAACGGGAUGGCAAUUCUAAAGGCUAGAGAAAGCAACCGAAUAACAAGAUCACCGUAUGUUGGUGCUGUCACUUCUCCGGUCGUUGCAGUGGCAGCAGCUCCCAAUGGCCUCGACGUCAUUGCGAGCACGAUAGCAAAAGCUCUCUCCUUCCCGCUGGCCAGCACCGCGAGAACAGCCGCGUCGGCCGCGCGGCCUGUUGUGUGCGUAUCCCCCGGCGGUUCUCGACGCAGACAAGCUAACCUCAGCUCACGUAAGUCGACAAACCCUCUCCUCGGCGGAUCUAAAACCCCGACCUCUGCUCACAGAUCUGCAUCGCCUUCAGACUCUUUUCGACCACAAGCAGCUACUGGCGGGAUUGACGGAACGGGCAAUGGCGGCAGCACCGGCGGCGGCGGCGGUGGAGGCGGCGGCGGCGGCGGAAGCGGCGACAGCAGCAGCAGCAGCGGAGGGGGCUUCGGGCUUAACCCUUUCGCGGCUUUCCUUAGAGGAUGGAACGAUCGCAUCGCGGCCGAUCCGGGGUUCGCGUUCAAGGUCCUCGCGGAGAUGGUCAUCGGCGUGACGGCGUGCGUUAUCGGCGACAUGGCGGCGCGCCCUAACUUCGGCAUGAACGAGCUCGACUUUGUCUUCUCCACGCUCGUCGUUGGAUCCAUUCUUAACUUUACGCUCAUGUACCUCCUCGCUCCCACCUCCGCCGCCGGCGCCGCCGCCACUACCCUGCCCGGAAUCUUCGCGUCGAGCCCGACAGGUCACAUGUUCGAGCCCGGGAAAUACUCCGUGAUUCAGCGCGCUGGCACGUUCGCGUAUAAGGGUAUUCAAUUCGGUGUGGUCGGCUUCGUCGCCGGGCUGUUCGGAACCGCGAUCUCCAACGGUCUCCUCGCGGUGCGCAAGAAGCUCGAUCCGAACUUCGUCGUGAUGAACGAAGCGCCUCCGACGAUCCUCAACGCCGCCACGUGGGCUCUGCACCUGGGGCUGAGCAGCAACCUGCGGUAUCAGAGCCUGAACGGGAUCGAGAUGGCGCUCGGCGCGCGGCUGCCGCCCGGCGUGUUCAAGGCGGUCGUUUUCGCGCUCCGAGGGCUCAACAACAUCAUCGGCGGCGUGUCGUUCGUCACGCUGGCGAAGCUGACCGGAUCGCAGAAAUCGGGCACCGCCGCCGCCGCCGCCGCCGGGGACGCUGUUGCGGAAAAGAAGACGUCGUAG